AGGCAAGGAGAAAGAAAGACGGUAAGUAUAAGAAACCGUACCGUACGCAACUAGAUCUGCGGCUGCAACCUGAAAGCCCUUUUGUGGCAAUAGUCGAAACUUGAAGCAAAGCGAUUGUGGAUGCGAUGCGAGGCCACGAUUGGAUCAACAACUCGCUUCCCGACGAGUUAAUCGUCGAAAUCUUUCGCCGCCUCGAUUCCAAAUGGAGCCGCGACGCCUGCUCCCUCGUCUGCACUCGCUGGCUCCGCCUCGAACGACUCACUCGAGCCGCCAUCCGAAUCGGCGCCACCGGCUCCCCCGACCUCUUCGUCCACCUUCUAUCCACUCGCUUCUCCAACGUCACCACCGUCCACAUCGACGAACGCCUCUCCGUUUCCCUCCCCGUUCACCUCGGGAGAAGACGCGCCAGCGACAAUGCCUCCGUUUCGUCGCUGAAACUGCAUUACGUGACGGAUAAAAACGGUUCUGGCUCUGAGGAGAGCGAUUUCGAUUCGCUCUGUUUGUCGGAUGCUGGCUUGGCUUCUCUCGCCCAAGGCUUUCCCAAGCUGGAGAAGCUUAGGUUAAUUUGGUGUUCUAAUGUCACUAGCGAUGGAUUAUCGUCUUUGGCGAGGAAUUGCACUGCUUUGAAAGCCUUGGAUUUGCAGGGUUGUUAUGUUGGAGAUCAAGGUCUAGCUGCUGUUGGGCAGUGUUGCAAGCAACUUGAAGAUCUGAAUCUACGUUUCUGCGAAGGCUUGACUGAUAUGGGUUUGGUUGAAUUUGCCUUGGGCGUGGGAAAAUCAUUAAAAUCUCUUGGUGUAGCAGUUUGUGCCAAAAUAACUGACAUUGCAAUGGAAGCUAUAGGAUCGCACUGCAGAUUGCUUGAGACCUUGUCCUUGGACUCUGAGUUCAUCCAUAAUCAAGGGGUGCUUGCUGUAGCUGAAGGAUGUCCAAAUUUGAAAGUUCUAAAGCUGCAAUGUAUUAAUCUUACAGAUGAUGCUUUGAAAGCUGUAGGCGCCAGUUGUUUGUCUCUGGAGUUAUUGGCUCUGUAUAGUUUUCAGAAAUUUACUGACAAGGGUUUGUGUGCUAUUGGAAAUGGAUGUAAGAAGUUAAAGAAUUUGACUUUAAGUGAUUGCUCUUUCCUAAGUGACAAGGGUUUGGAAGCAAUUGCUACUGGCUGCAAGGAACUAACUCAUCUUGAAGUCAAUGGAUGCCACAACAUCGGAACUAUGGGACUAGAGUCUGUUGGAAAAUCAUGCCUACAUCUCUCUGAGUUGGCACUGCUUUACUGCCAAAGAAUUGGUGAUGUUGGCCUUCUUCAAGUUGGACAGCGAUGCAAAUUCUUGCAAGCUCUUCACUUGGUAGAUUGCUCAAGCAUUGGAGAUGAGGCCAUGUGUGGCAUAGCUAGUGGCUGCAGAAAUUUAAAGAAACUUCAUAUCCGUCGCUGUUAUGAGAUUGGGAACAAAGGGAUCAUUGCUGUUGGUGAGCAUUGUAAGUCGCUAACUGAUCUUAGCAUUCGAUUCUGUGAUAGGGUGGGGGAUGCUGCACUUAUUGCUAUAGCUGAGGGCUGUUCCCUUCAUUAUCUGAAUGUUAGUGGUUGCCAUCAAAUUGGAGAUGCUGGAGUGAUAGCCAUUGCAAGAGGGUGCCCUCAACUCUGUUAUUUGGACGUUAGUGUACUGCAGAAUUUGGGGGAUAUGGCUAUGGCUGAGUUGGGAGAACGCUGUCCAUUGCUUAAAGAAAUAGUACUCUCACACUGCCGUCAAAUAACAGACGUUGGCUUAGCCCAUCUUGUAAAAGGUUGCACUAUGCUUGAGUCAUGCCACAUGGUUUAUUGCUCUGGUAUAACUUCAGCUGGAGUGGCCACCGUGGUUUCUAGCUGCCCCAACAUAAAAAAGGUCCUUGUUGAGAAGUGGAAGGUUAGCCAACGGACCGAACGUCGAGCCGGCUCUGUCAUCUCCUACUUGUGUGUGGACCUAUAGACCUCCUUUGGUAUAUAUGCAUAUCCAACCUUUUCACAGUGUGAUGCGUGAAUGUAAAUAAAGCUGCAAGCUAUGGGAAUUGGUGCUGUAAUAGGAUGGAUGACUGUAAAUGUUUUGACAUAAGCAGAACUUAAGUUUCUUAGUGAGGUUUUUUCUUGAACAUAGUGCAAGAGUCAUGACUAUUGUAGGACCCAAUAGGCGGUAGAUAAUCGGUGUUGUUUACAGUAACUUUGAUUUACGGAAAGAUGUAGUUGAAUAAAUAUUAUGUAUUUGAUUGUUUAUCCAGUAAAAAAAAAAAAGACUAAUAUUGAUGUUACACAAAAAAUGUCAAGUAAAAUAAAUAUUUGCUUUGAU